GUCGGACAAAAGUUUUUGUCAGCAUUUUUAUUUGUAUAUAAAUUGUUUUUUACUUCUACUAUCAGAAAAACUACACUUCCCGUCAGCAGCCACAUUACGCAAUGUAAACACUACUUCCUCGAACAAGAUUUCAAAAUAAGAGUAUUUUCUUAUGUUGUUCGCCAUCGCCACUAUGAGAUCGACCGAAAACCUAAAACCCGGCAUUUAUUUUGAAAUCAAGGUCAUUCCUCCGUGUUUCGUCGAUCCCUGGCGGAGCCACCGAUCGCCUGGGACCGGGGAAGGUAAUCCCGUAUGAACUGUAGGCUUUAAGCAGGUAUAGUCCGCCGCGAUGAGGCUCCGUUUGGCCGGAGCCGUGCUGAUGUCGGCGGCCGCCUACUACGUCUAUUUGCCGUUACCGAGCGGUGUGAGCGAGCCGUGGAAGCUGAUGCUGCUGGACGCGCUGUUCCGGAGCUUCAUGCAGGCGAGUGACGUGGCUCACGCACUGGGUGUGUGCCAUCGGGUCCACCUGUUGAACAGGGUGGUGUCCUGGGUGGAGGUGAUUGAGGCUCGCUCCUGCCCCGCCGUGCACGUGACGGACUCCACGCUGGGCGGCGUGCCCGUCCGGGUCUUCCAGCCAAAGGGGGGGAAGCAGCUGAAAAGGGGAGUCAUAUAUUUCCACGGUGGAGGAUGGGCCCUUGGCAGCGGACGGAUGCGAUCAUACGACCGUCUUUGUCGGAAAAUGGCGGAGGACCUGGACUCUGUCGUCAUGUCGGUCGAUUACCGUCUUGCUCCAGAGGCGGUGUUCCCAGAUCAGUACCACGAUGCGUUAGCGGCGUCACGGGCUUUCCUGUCCUCUCAGGUUUUAGAACGCUACAGCAUUGAUCCAGAGAGGGUGUGUGUCUCUGGAGACAGCGCCGGAGGAAACCUGGCCGCCGCCGUGGCACAGGAGCUCAGCUCAGAUCCCAGUCUGACAGUGAAGUUCAAGGCCCAGGCGUUGAUCUACCCCGUGCUGCAGGCGCUCGAUUUCUACACCCCGUCCUACCAGCAGAACCAGGCCGUGCCCAUCCUCUACAGGCCUGUCAUGGCUCGUUUCUGGCUGCAGUACCUGGGCGCCGACUCGUCCCUGGAGCCCCUCUUGCUCGCUAACAACCACAGCUCCCUGGACCAGCCGGCCAUCAGCGCCGACACCCGCUCCAAGCUGGACUGGACUGCUCUGGUCCCAGCUGAACGCAGGAAGCACUUCCGGCCGGUUGUCAGAGAAACGGGAUCACCGGGGGUGAUGGGCGAGGUACCGGAGCUCAUGGACGUGAGGGCGGCGCCGCUGCUGGCAGAGCAGGGGGUUCUGGGUAGGACGCCUAAAGCAUACGUGAUGACCUGUGAGUUUGACGUGCUGAGGGAUGACGGGUUGAUGUACGCCAGGCGCCUGCAGGACGCCGGCGUCACAGUGACCAAUGAUCACUACGAGGACGGUUUUCACGGCUGCAUGGUGUUUGCGUUCUUGCCAAUGAUGUCUAGUGUUGGACAGAGGAGCAUGAACAACUACAUCCACUGGCUGGACCAGAAUCUGUAGACAGUCAAAGCGCUUCGUUUGUGGCACCAAAGAUGUCCUGGAGCAGAAAGUCUGGUACUUCUUGUUGGAUCUUCAGAGACAUGUCUCCUCAUGUCUUUGGUAAUCACAAAUGUCACAGAAAUCAGACCUGUAACCUAGAAGGUCACAGGUUUAAUCUACCGUGUCUGUCAGCAGCAAAGUGCCCUGAGCAAGACACCAGCCAAAAGUUAAAACAUCAGCUGCUUUGGAUCAGAGGAUCUGCACAAUACGUCAACUUUAAAAACAUGGAAACCGAACCAACAAAUCAAAUUCCAAGGCUCUUGAUAUACUUGCUUUUUACCAACAUGUACGUGUAGAUGUAAGUGGCUGCAAUGCGAUCACAUACUCGCCUGCAUACUUAGUGUGCACCUGGAGGAUUCAAAGAUAUAUCCACUAGGGGGCAAAUCAGGGCCGAAUCAUCCCUGACAAACACCAGAAAAUCUUGAGAACUUCUGAUUUUGAAACAUGACUAAACAUUGUGACACCAAAGGAGGUUAGUUUUAAUGUUAAGAUCACAAAACAGCAGCUCUUUUAGUUUCUCUUCAAAACUUUUCACUGUUGUUGUCACCAUUGAGUCUGCUGCUGAUCUGACUUCACAUUCUGCUCCCACCGUCCAUGUCCUUAAUUUCAUCUUGUGGAUGUGUAGUGAUUAUUUCUCAAACACGUCUUUAAAAGCAAGUACAUCAACGCAGUGUAGCUGAAAAUCACUGGGCCUGCAGGUCUAGAGUCAAAUGUACCACAAAGCGUCCUCACUGAACCCUGAAACCAAAACAUUUCCAAUCAAAUGUAACCAAAGGAAGUAUAACGCUUUCACGCUUACGUCAAAGGCCAUAAAUCCAAUGCAGCCUUUUGGAGAAUGACUGUAUACUUAUUUUUAAGAGAAACAAAAUCCAGGAGUUUAUGUUAGGGCCAACGAGGUGUAGAAUAAAACAUUAUUAAAACACUAGAGACGACAUGUCAAACAAAGUACAUGUUUAUAACUGAUAUGUAAACCAUGGGAUGAUCUCCAGCAGUACUAUUUCUAAUAGUAUCAGUGAUUAAAUAAAAGUGAGAGCAUCCAGAUAAAAACCUUAUUCAUGUUUAAAACUCCAAUUUGCUCAAUUUCACUUUUUUGUUGUUGAUUUUCCUGAAAUGAAAUUUCUAUACGCCAGAAUUCAAUACUGAAUAGCUAAUUGUAGGAAAAGUAUUCUUGAGCUCCAUUUGUUUUAAAAUCCUUACAAAUCAUGUUUCAUCACACAUGUAUGGAGAAAUUCACAUGCAUCGUAGGUGUCUAGUUACGCUGUUCGUUACAAGAAAUGAAUAGCAACCAGCCAACAAAUCUGAAUUGAGAAUUUUCAGUGGCCAUUUUAGUUUAUUUGGAAUAUAAUAAACAGGUAAAAUUUAGUAUUUAAAAUAUUAAUAAUACAAAAGUCUGGGUGAAAAUCAGAGUUUGGAAAUACCACUCGCAGCUCAACACUGUAAUUUCUCCAUGUAUUGAUUAUUAAUGUGUUUGAGGGAUAAUUUACAGCUCAUUCAUGUUUUCUCCCCAGUUUUUUUCUGUCGUCAUUCUCUGACUCGUUCUUGAAUACUAUAAACUGAAGCAGGACAACAUCCAAAAACGUUUGGGGAAACAUCUGGGGAAAUAAGUUCCUCUUCAGAUAAAAUCAGUUCAAACCAAUCUGCUCCAGUAUCUUUCUGUAAAAACUGGAAAUGAUGAGUCUUGAAUAUUCUGCCUGACGGCCGGGCUUCUAAUAUUAUGACUAGUUUUAGUUUUAGAGGUCAAAGUCACUCAGAUGUUCUUCUUCAGCUUUUAUUCUUUUAAGAUGCACUGAGACACUGAAACAGUCUGCUCACACACGCACACACAAAACAGGCCAGUCAAGGUUACAAUGUGUGUGUGGUAGUAUGCCAGAGUUCACAUCUGUGUAUACUCACUGGAUUGUGCAAUAUUGUAUGUUUGAAAGUAUCCCUCACCCUCUGUAACUUCACUUUCUGAUGACCACUGUACUGCAGGGCCAAUGCAAUGAUGAUGAUGAUGAUGAUGAUAGCUGUGAAAUGUAUGCGAGAAUUACUGUAUCACCACGAGAGAAGUGAUCCCAAAUGGACUAUCGUGUUUCCCUCCCCCACCACUGCUGGCCCAAAAGUAAUAUAAUGAACCGACGAGAGCGAGCGUCAGACAGACUCGGUUUUGGCUUCCGGCCCAAAGCGCAGCGAGCCAAAGCGCAGCGAGUGUGGUCAUUACAGGGCUUCACAUUAUUCAGGAAGAAAAUGGUGAAGUUGUAACACUGGCUGUCAGGAGACUGAGCGAUUUUCUUUUCUUAAAGGCAAAUGAUUCCAGACAGUUUAUUCCUAACGUGUGGAUUUCUGUGAGCAAUUCAAAUUCCAUACGCACGCGUUUUGUACACUUACUAGUAAAAAGUGACUAUGUUUGAUAUUCACGUAUAGUAAAAUAAGUCAUUUAUAAAUAAGAAAUAUGGAUUUUAAAAUCAGACAAGGCAAUGUGGACUGUAGAGAAAGACUUUUGAAUGUUUCUAAGUGCUGUAAUUUUAAUGCUGUAUGUGAAAUUAUGCAUUAAACAGUUUAAUAUUGUAUAAUUAAGGUUUUAAUGCAAGGUGGGUUAUGUAACAGGUCGUUUCAGCCAAGCAAAUAUACAGAACUGUCCCCAGAUGUUCUCCUGCAGCGCUAAUAAAUCGCAUAAAGUAGCUGUUUUAUUGGCUUCUGUGGCAACUCUAGUGGUAUGUAGGGAGCAGGAUCACAGUAUUUCUUGUUUUCCUUAUGUUUUUUUUUUUUGUUUUUUUUAAAUAAUGUACUGUAUUGUGUAUUAUCAUGUGGGUUUUUGGGGGGAUUUUUCUGUCAGUGCACAUGUGUGUGAAACAUUUUUGGACAGUGUUUUACUGUGAUUACGAGGACAAGAGGAGCUGCAGGCGAUAUGCAGCAGCGCCUGUAGAGGGCGAGCUCUGGUAGCCAUACUGAAGGUCCUCAGCUUUUAAUAGAGCCUUUGCCAUUUGAUAUAAGACUAGAGCUUAAAGCAAGAGUGUUUAUUUAGUCACAAUAAGCUAAAUUAAAUAUGUAAAGUGCUACUGCGUACUGUAUAUCUAAACCCAUUAAACAUCUGUCCAAAUGACUGAGAAAGAAAAAAACUCUCAAAUCUUAUGUAUUAAUGAAAUCUUAUGGUAACCUCUGUAUGGUGCUGAAUAUUUGUAAAAAAAAAUAUACAGUGAAAUAUUAUCCAAACAUCUUAUUUUUUCUGCAAAUGGAACCAUGUUUUCUUUUCUUUUUGCCCUUAAAAAAUAAGCACAUGUAAAUUGAUGCCAAAAAAAAAAAAGCCCAAUAUGUGCUGCUCAAAUGUGA